AUGAUUCCCACUUUGCUGAUGCAGUCAGAAGAUUAUGGCAAGAUAUGCUGGAUGCCUUGCCCCUGUUGCGACAUUUCAGUAAGUGACAAUGUGUUCCUAGUCAAACGUAAGCACUACCACGAUGUACCAGGUUCGCAAGAAGUGGAAGAGAUAAUGGACGAAUUUCAUGGCACUGGUAGAGUACGAGAAGAAGAACAACUGCUAAAUUUGGCUGUUCAUAAGCAUAAUACACCGGCAGCAACGCUCGACAAUCUACCAGAAGACUUGAGGUCGUUAGAGGCAAAGACGGCCAGCUUUACACAAUCCAUGGAGUUUGCAACGCAGAAAAAUGGAAAAGCCUUUGGGAUACUAAAGCAAGAUGAGUUUUGGGGUGGAUUUUCAGCGCCUACGAAUUAUAAUAGAUUGUGA